GGGCUAUGUAAUGCGGGCUCUCAGCUGAAACUUUUUUACUGUCACCGCUGCCAAGAUGUCUAUUCGUGUUUCUGCAGACUCUCUGACCUGGCAACAGGUAAUAGUCACCUAAAACCGUAAAACGCACUUCUCUUUCGUUUAAUCAUUCGUUAAUGAGCGUAAAUAAAGGCCUAUUUAUUAUUUAUUGUGAUAAAUAAACUAGCAGGAAUACUAACGUGAAAAAAUAGCAGAAGGAAUCCGACCGAUUUAAAUGUCCUCAUUGGAAGCGCCGACACACUGACCACAUGGCAGGUGCUAUAGUUUUCAUGAGGUGCACUCCAUGAUAAUUAACUAGCCUAUUUAUCAGAGCUAAUUUACAAUGAAAUUGUCCUUAACUAUAUUUUCAUGCAAACCUACAAUAACUGCUGAGUAAAUCACCAACCUAUAACAGAUCCUGUUUAUUGACACACAAAACAAGAAGGUGUAGAAUGACAAAAAGUUAAACUUAACACUAAUAAUCUAUAUAAUGAUAAUAUUAUUUUUUUUAUUAUUGGCGACCUGUCCAGGGUGUACCCCGCCUUUCGCCAGAUGUCAGCUGGGAUUGGCUCCAGCCCCCCGCGACCCUGUACGCAGGACAAGAGGUUGACGAUGGAUGGAUGGAUUAUUAUUAUUAUAUGUAUUAUACAUUGUUAUACAUGGCUGAUGAUCUUGUCGGCAGCGGGAUGUGGGUCACCGCUCUCACCAGCUCCCUGACCAAACACAAAAGGUGUUUCCUCCCUGCAGCCGUGGUCACUUUCACCUGUCAGUCAGACUUUUUCUGUGUCACCCAGCGUCUGUGGAGGGCGGCUCCAGGUGAAUUUCCCAAUGUGGCUAACAGCUCCUCCUGAAUGGUUUUCUUUUCCCCAUGCCAGAUUCUAAGGUAUGAGCAAAAUCCUGCAUUUAACGUAGUUUACCACCAAACCUUCCAAGCCCAGUCAUAUUCACUGAGAGCAAACUUGAACAAUGAAUGUCUAAUGAUAGACUGGCUGUAGGUUUCCACCUUAUCGCCUUAGAACAAGAACAUUAUUUCCACUAGGGAUGGGGGACAUGUACCCCUCACUUUUUAAAAUCCUAUUUUGUCUCACUAGCUUUUGCAGUUUCAUCUUGAUUGUCUUCAGUCAUCUGUGAUAUAAGCUUUGUUAGCAUUGGUGGAGGUUGUUGGGAGAAGUAUGCUUCCUGAGAGGAACAUCUGCAGACACUAUUUAGGGCUGUAAAUAUAUUAAAAGCAACUUCUAGGAAAACAAAAUAUUGGAAAAUAAUAUCAGAAGCCCUGCUUGAAUAGACAUUCAAUUAUUAAUGCUGGAAUAAGGGGGAAAAUGUGUUGCUCAAGGGAAUUUAAGCAGCAUUCAUUAAAGUACUGGAGCACAACAAUAAGUAACCUCCACUGCCCAGACAUUAUCACAUCAUUACUGAAUUAAAACAGUUAAAAUGAUCAAUCCUGAACUAUUUAAUCUAAAUCAUGUGUUAUGUGUGAAUCUGUACUGAGUGUUGUUGUUCAGUGGUGCUGCUGGUGGACUCAGUCAUCAGGUGUAUCUCAACUCCUACGUGUUUGCCUUUUAAGCUGUCCUCAGGUCUGUGUUUACCCAGUCGCCUGGAACUGGCAGAACACACGGUGUAACGUAGUUGGAGGAGCAUUAAUGAAAACUCUGUGAUUGACCGACAUUCAUACUGCUUGUCAUACAAUACCUGAUGGUCUGCAUGACUGCCUACACCAAACACAGUCACUCAGUCACUCUGCAGCAGCUAAUCACAUUCAAGUCUGACAUGCAAUUUCCUCAGUGUAGAUGUGUGCUUUUUGUGAUGCAGUUCACCUUCAUUGUCGGUGCCACACUUAUUCUCGUGUAUGAAUUUCACAAAGAUGUACAAUAUUCCUUUUUACAUUACUGAAAUUAGCGGUGGAAGUAUUGCUAUCCAUUGCUAAGUAUUGCUUAGUAUCACCCAUAAUAAGUCUUGUUUUGGGUAUCCAUACUAUUUGGAAAGCCAUUCAAUGGUAAUGUAAAUGCAGCCAGAAAAGUAGCCUAUUUAUGAUGCAUUCAGCUCAUAAAUCACAACACAUUGCUCAUCCCUACAUUGAAUAAUGUAAAUAAUUCUUGCCCUGGUAAGUUCUUGGUAUCGGAACAAAAUCAAAUUUUGUGGUAUUUUGUGGUGAAAUAAAAAAUAUUAAAACAAUCCUAGCUUGUUUGCCAGGACUGCCAAAACCUCAUUUAACCUGCACUUCAACCACACAUAAAAAAGAGUGAAAACAAAACAUAAAAAUCAUUUUUGAAUUAUAAUGCAUCUAUGUGAAGAGAACAAACUGUUUUGCCAGUGGCAGAAAAUGUGAAGUGCAAUAACAAAACAGAUAAGCUAAGAACAACAAAAUGAAAGGAAUAAAGGACAAACAAUAUUCUAGACACAAAGACAUAAGAAUAAUUGAUAAGAUUUCUCUUAAGUAUAAAGCACAAUUUAUGAAAUACCAAUCAAAGCACUGUAAAGUUAACCAAUUUGUACAAUGUUCUUUUCUCCAGCAGGGAAUCCCCAGCAAUUUAUUAUUGAACUUCAAAAGAGUUUGGGACUCACAACAGACAGAUUUAAAAGGAAUGAUCUAUAUAUCUGGGCAACUCCAAAAGACACCGUUCCUCCAUAUCCCAUAAUACAACUUGGUAGCAUGUAUAAUUAGACCCCUCACCUAAUUCUUCUACAGCCUUCUUCUUUUAAACCCCAACCCUCCAUUUUGUAAUGCAGACUCUGUUAAAAAUCCUAACUCUUUAGCACAAGCCACCAUUACCACCAUUGUACUCUUUGGAAAUUUGCUUCCAGAGACACAGCAGUUAUAAAAUAACUGUGAAAUAAUGUAAAAUCAAUCCAGGAACUUCAGGACAGUUUUCACUGGAACCACUUCCUAUCAAAGAAAUAGUCUCUUUAAAAAGGCCAGUGAGGUCUGUGAAUUAUCCAGAGUAACGGGGACGCUGUGAGAAUAGACAGAUUUGCAGUUGAGUGUCAUUAAUUGUCAUUUUUCAAGUGAGCACCAAAGAUGCAUUUUCAUUCAGAGGCAGAAAUCUCAGAGACGGGUAACUUAACCAAACAUCUGCAUGGCUAGAUACCACUAGAGAUCAGUGGGAAAAGGUGUGUUUUGGGGUAAAAUUACCCUUUAAAUGACUUUUUCAGCUUUACUGCCAGUUUUUAUUUUGGCUCCAAUUGUAUCAUAAAUUCGAAAUUCCUUCGACACAAAAACCUGUUCAACAAGUGGCCUCUGCCGGAGAAAACCAAAUGUGGGUGCUGUGUGUCUACAGUACAUGUAGUAUAUGUAACUCCUGCUUUAACACUCUCCACCAGCAGAGGAUGACAUUCUCCCGGUAACCUCUCUCCCAUCACUCCCCCCUCCCCUCCUCCAGUCAACCUCCUCUAUGUCCCCAAUGACGGCCCCUCCCAUCAAAGCCAUAACCUCUCCUAAUCCCCCCCACCCCUUGUUGCCCUGGAGACGGCUCAGACGAGCAGGUGAUGCAUUGACAGGGAGCAGAUGGUUCCCUGUGGAGGUAAGCAUGGCUGAACAAUGCUUCCAUAUUCAUCGUGAAGUCUCUCUUACUCUCGCUAUCUCCCUCCUUCAACUGCGUGUACACACAUAACUUCAAAGUUGAAUGAAUCAUGCUUUCACUGACACACGCACACACGCAGAUAUUUGUUCACGCUGCUUUCUCAGGAUUGCUGAUUGAAACCUCCAACAUUGUGAUGGGUCUGUCAACACAGCACAGAGCACAGAGUUUGUGCAGACUGAGCAAGGUGAUAAUGUUGUGACAGGUUAUUAGACAGGACUUGUGAUAAAUAGAAGCACCUCCAUUCAGAAGAAGUUAGUGUACAGUACCUCGGAGGGGGCACAAGAAAAGUAAAGACAAACAAUAGGAGUUCCUUGCCUCAGCCUCCCUGCGCUUGUCUGCUGCAGGUGUUUUCAGGCUUUUCGCCGCAGUAACUCACUCCUCUAAAGAAGCUCCUUCUUUAGCCCCUGUCUCCCCUGGAGAUAAAGUACAGACACCCCACUCUCCCUGUCUCUUUCUUUCAGCUAACUCCUGAAUAAUCCAGCAACAAUACAGGGCUCUGAGGCGGUGUGCAGCGAUUUGCCGGAGGCCUGACUUGUUUUGGGGUGCAGCAGGGGCGGUGGAAUGGCAUUAUGGAGAUCAGCCUAAUGCAUGUAAAACACUGCAUCCAUUUUUUUUUUGGAACUAGUGUAGUGGUAAAGAAAAAGUGUGCGGCACAAUAGAGCGCUACGCUUAACCCACCACACCUGGAGCACACAACAGGGGGUGAGAGUGGCAGCCCACCUCCCCCUCUGCCUCACCCAUCAUCACCAGCGCAACAGCACCUAUCAAUACAAGCUGUAAGGAGUUUGGUUGGGCUUCGGGAGGAGGGGGCUGCCUGUAUUCACUGCCUGACUAUGAUAAAGACGCACAGUGAGGAGCCAUUCAAGAGCCCUGUGUCCAUAAUGGAGUCACUAAUAGGUGCCUAUUCAGCAAGAAAAGUGUUUUCUGGAGGAGGAAAAAAAGUUUGGGGGAAGCAACAAUCACUUUGUCUGCUGCCUUGUGUAUGUAAAAUUUAUGCAGCGCUCCAGCCCUCCACCCUUUUCCAACUCUUUUUUGCUGUCUUUUCCCCCUUUCUUUAAAGAGCGUCACUGUUGAAUAGACGACAUGCAUAGUUUGGAGUCUUCCUUUCAUCCUUACUUGAAAAUAAAUUGAAUGGUCUGUUCCUCGAGUGAGUCCAGUCCAGCAGCACAGAUCUCUGAACAGGAAAACCCACUCUAUGCUUCUUUUUCACUUCCUUCUCUUCAUAAAACUGGUAUGACCAUAUUCACAGGUGGCCAGUUUUUACUUAAAGUAUCUUUUCUGACUUCCAUCAAACAUGAACAAAAUAAUGCAUACACUGGUGCUUUAUGUAUCUCUGUCAGUAUUCGUCAUUUACAUUUAAGUACUGGGAGCAGUAAGCAGAUGUGAGGAAACUCUGGUUAGAAUUAAUGAGCUGACAUAUAUUAAGUGUCACACAGAGGUAUAUUACAUUGUAGUUAUAUUUUACGUGCAUACUGUACAUAGAGGUAAAACGCAACUCAUCCGGCUCAACUCAUCAAAAUGUACUUAGUGUUUAAGUUUCCAUGUUAGUUUUUUAGUAUAGUUCAACCACAACAAUUCACUUGCCCUGGAGUGAAGCAAAUUAGUCACAUAAAAAGAAAAUUGCUUAUUGAGUUAAGUACACUAAUUCAUUCAUGACACUUUAUGAUGCUACUCUUAAAGGUCAAAACAACAAAAAAAGUUUGAAAGGCUGCAUGUCCCAACCUUUUUGUCACAAAGCAUGGAAAAUAUUUAGAAUGUAUAGCUCCUAGAUUUAAAUCUUUGCAAAACACAUCUAAACCUUUUGAUCAAUUGACACUAAAAUCUUUCAGAAGAAUGGAAAGGAAUGUGAAGAAGAUCAAACCCUUCUUCACAAAUACUUCGAACCGCCAUUCAUUUUGCUGAUGGUUAACUGUGAAGGCUGUGUGAGGAUUCGUCACCUGGAAGUUAAACUGUUGUAUCUUCAGACUUUCCAGUCAUUAUAAAAUGUACUUAAAGCCCCUGAAUGUGAAUGUGGUUUCCAAAAGGUAUUUCUCUAUAACUCUAAAUAUUCAUGACCAAAUAAGCAACAGGUUGAAGUUCAGGGCUUCAUCAGGACUGUGUAGGCAUGGUCUGAUCAGACUGACAGUGCUGGCGACAUAAGCCAUCUACCUGUCAAAAGAUUUUAAUCCAAAUUGUGGAAGUAUCUGACUUCGCCCUUUUCCAACACCUUUUCUGCCCACUUCAAACUAGUGAGCAUAGCACAGAGAAUCUCUUUUGUGAUAUAACCAAAAUUCUCAUAACUUCUGACCCAAGAAGUCACAAGAAGUGGACUAAAAGAAGUUUCAGAGCUUUUACAUCUUUACAUACAGUACAUCUUUGAUAUUAAAUUAAUAUAUGUGCAUAGUAAAAACAACUCAUGCAGGGUACCACAGAGACCAAAAUCUGAUACCUCAUGAGUCAGGGUGAUUUAAUGAAUGAAUGAUCUUGUUUCUAGUAAAUCCAAAGUAAGAUAAGGUUGGACUUGUGAGCAGAGUUUUCUGAAAUUACAACUUGAGGAUAAUUUUAGCUGCAAUAAAAUGUGUUUGUCAUGUUUUAACUUGAAUGAAAAUAAGCUCUCACACCAAUCUAGUCAGUGUUUGUCAUAUAAUAACAAUUUGAAUGUAGAGCGAUUUGGAAUACAUUACAUCUCUUGCUGCUGUUCAGGCCUGAAGGCUGCCAUUGCUUUGGUUCUAGCAACUAUUUUUGCUGCUGACUCCCCCCCUUGGUCCCGAGGCACCAGGGAAGCAGACCUUGUGGGUGAGCUGACUAAUCUUGAAAUGCUGGAACCAUAUUGAAAGAGAGGGCUUGAACUGAGAAAUACUGGGACCAUAUUGUGUUGCGUGUCAAAGGGCUUAGCUGACAGAUUGAUGAGAUGAGGAAAUAACGGAGCUAACCGGGGGGCAAGAGGAGUUAGCAAAGGGGGGAUCCCAGCAUGGCAUGGUAACCAGGGCUUGGAGUCAGAGCAGGACUCCCCGCAGGCCUGCCGGGCAGAGCCGGCGCAGGUCAACGCUCUUUGAAUCCGAGUCCUGCAGUCGACAAAGGGCAGCAUGCAGUGGGCAGGGCUGCUUUCCUUAGAACUGCUUGAAAGCUCUUGUAAUUGUAUUUUUAUGUGUUUUGUGAGAGGCUUUGUCAGCUUGUGUGUGCUGAUGUAUGUGUUUAUUUGUGUGUGUGUGUGAGAGAGAGAGAGAGAGAGAGGGAGAGAGUGCAUUUGCAAAUAUGUGACAUCCAAGAAAAUUUUAUAACGGUGUUUUAGUCUUACAGAGCAAAAAUGUUGAAAAAUAACAACAUUUUCAUUUCAUCUUAAAAACACACACAAUUCACUGUAAAUGAGCCACUGUAAGCUAAGUGUCUUAGUUUCAAUGGUUUUAUGUUGUAUUAUCAACAGUGAUAGCUGAAGCGGUAAACAAAGGAUUUUAUUUGAUGUUUUUCAGUCAGAAGUCAGAAAGGACUGAAGAUUAAAGCAGCUAAAAUCAAUGGUUUUAUAUUAACAAUGGAUCACAUGACCACUUGUAUGUGAGAGGGUGGCCCGAAGUGACAAUCUCAAUUACAAUUACAGUAUCUUUCAGAUCAUCAUUUUGGUUUUCCAGCCCAAGUUUAAUUUUUUCGGAUGUAGCAAGAAGCUGUUUUCUGUCAAAAAUCUCUUAAUCUUAUCUCUACUGUAUACUACCCACUCAGCACCAAAUAGCAGACUAAGUUAGCGACUAGCUAGUCUAGCUAGAGCAGAGCUAAAAGAGAGUGAGUGUUGGACUGGAUAUUCAUGAGUUGGACAGACACAACUCCAAAUAUAUGCUAAUGUUGCUCUGUAUCUGCUGGGCGUGCAACUGUCUGCUUGAAAUUUUUGUGUUUGCAGCUUGUUUCUUCUGUCCCAAAAACUUGUUAUUGCACGUUAACAUUUCAAACUGAAGAAAAUGCUCAUUGAUCAACUGCUGUCCCUCAGCCAGAUGUUAAAAGCAUGCAUUGAAACAAGGAUGUACUGACUAUCCAAACUUUCUCUUCAUAAAUAAAAGCAUUCACAUCCGUGCCACAAACCUACUGCGAUUUCCAACCUUACUUCCCCUCACACAAUGCAUUUUCUGGCAGUGUCUUAGCAACUGGCAUUGUGGCAUCUGGAUUACCCAAAAAGCACUGCUGAGCCCCCAUAGGGUCGAACAGAGGGAUACCUAAGAGUGCUUUAGGAAGGGAGAUGUAAAGGAAAGGUUGAUCUUGAUCUCAGAUGGUCCCAAGAAGCUUUAGUACAUGCCACAAGUUGUGCUAUUAUGGUCAGAGGAUUUUCAAGUUUCUUCUUUUUUAUUCCUUUGUCAGUUUUAAAGAAAUUAAACAAAGCAUUUUUCUGUUUGCAGCUUCAACAGAUUCUGCAGUGGGCAAAUAUCUUUAAGUUUAAAAGGUUUCUAUUUUCCCAGCUGAAGUAGAACAUGGGUUGUGAAUGUUUGGUCUGGUCACCAUGGAAAACACUGACUACUCCUCACUUGUCCACAGCCCUUGUUAAUAUUACACCAAGAGCUAAUUUGCUAGGGUUUUGCUGCACUAUAAAUCUAAAGAUGGAGAACCUCAAACUCAAGUCACACUCUAGAUAAUAAGCUCUGAUUGGAGAUACAGAUAAAGGGCUGUUCAGAACACAUACACAGCAGCACAUACACACUCUACUGAGCUCUGAUUUGUGGAAUUGAUAGGGUCCAUUGUUUCCACAGAGCUUUCCACUAUAUGCCCUGUAAUGUAAUUAUGGCCAGGAGAUUUAUGCAGCUCUAUAGCAGCCCAGAACCUGAUCCAUGUUGUGUCUGGAGUCAGGCUGAAAAGCUGUCCAGCUGGUCCUGAUUUCUGUUCUGGCCUCUGUCACUGUGUGGGGCUACAGUGCUGUUCACUUCUUAAUUGAUAGCUUUGGUUUGUUGUAGGCCUUGUUUUUGUGUUGCAUGUGGAAGGGACACAGAGUUUAAGUUUAUUAUUUCCCUGCUGCAAAUUUGUAGCAAACUGUGAAAGAAAUAUUGUCUUGAGAAAAAAAAACGAGAUUUUUUGCUUGCAAAGGAAAUGGAUGUGCAUGAGAGAGUUGCGCCAGUUGAGCAGAAUGGUAAUUAUUAACAGCCAUAAGCUAUUUACACAUUUUUUAGUCUCCCACAGAGAGGGACUGUGCAAUUCCUCUACCCUUAAAUCACGCAGCUACAGAGCGUGAAAGUAUGUUAUUGAACUUUUUCUUGUCACUUCAGGACUUCAGGUUUAAAUGUUCACACUUACAAGAAGAGGAGUAAACUGAAGGACUAGAGCUCAUUGGACAUGUCUGCUGUCGAGAGAAGAGGCGCUCCAGAGCCCCACUGGGAAAACAGACCUUCCAGAAAUCAGGAUUUGAAGCGUCAUCAGAAGCUUCUGGCUUGGCCCAGGCAUCCCGUCAGCACGAGCACCUGGCUGCCUGACGGCUCCCGCUCUGCACACCACACGCACAGGAGACCCAUGUAUGUGUCUUUUGUCAGCAAAGCCAUCUUGUGGGAUAGAGGACUCUGCCACUACACCGCCCACGAUCACCCAAAUCAUCGUCCCUUAUUGUGUCCACGGUUCUUGUCUCACAUGAAAGCUCGUCCUGAGGACCUCAGGCCUCCUUGUUUCUUGAGCUCCAAGUCCGGACCACAGCCUCCAUCUCAGCGAAAGACACCGAACACCCACACUCUUGCAGUACCAAAGACACAAACUCUGGAGGGUUACUUCCAUCUCAAUCCAGACAGAAGAAGAAACGGAGUGCAGAAUGAGCGUUUAAUCACAGGAAGGCGCUCUGCCAUUGUUGUGCCCUGUCUUCCACUCCCUGCUACUCCACCAUCAUCCACCAUUGAUCCAACACCUCCCCACCAACACGCCCUUCACCCCAACUCUGGUGGACACCAAAGCAAACCGAACAAUGUGCCAGCAUCUCCCUCCAGCCUUCAUCCUACUCCAGAGGAGACGGAUGAAGUUCAGGAGAGGGAGCCACAGCAGUCAAUCACAGAGUCCAACUGGAAGCUGCGUCACAGCCCUGCUGGACCAGAGCGCUCACCGACGCCGGCCUCCACAAUCUCACACGGGUCUCUCUCAGAUUUAAGUCGUCCACCUUCCAGCAUGUUCAGCCGCAGCACUGACCUCGCCAGUGGCAGGAGCAGUGUCCUGUCUGCAGAUAUCCUGGAUUCAGACCCAGAAGGUUUCUCGCGGCUCCAGCCUUGUCCAGUGUUGCAGUCACCUUUGCCUUCUUACCCUCCUGCAGAAUCCAACCCUCGCCAAUCAUCCACGAAAGCUAUGACCACCCCGCCACUCUACAAACUAUUAUUUGCCCAAACCAAAUCCAUCUCACCUCGCCCAACGCCAAGUGUCCUUUAUCAGUCCGAUAAACCUCUGAGCAGGUGUGAAAGCGCAAAAACAACAGAUAACCUUCACCAAGAUGCAUCUGUAGAUCCUGGUCUCAACCCAUCCUUGGACUCUGAUCAUGCCCUCAUUACCCUGGCUUUCCCCUCUACUACUUGGUCUUCCUGCCCAAGCCCACAGUGGACCACUCCCUGCUCAGGGUCAGGACUAAAGCUGACCCCUUCUUCAUCAGUGACUCGGCUGGAGUCUCAUCAUUGGCCUGUCCUGCCUCCUAUCUCCCCUGACAGAGGACGCUGUGGCACAGCAGCAUCACACUACUCGGAGCUCAGCUGCAGUCAGUCUCAUGUGUUUGAUGAACUGGAGGCCAUCGCCCCUCGGUCAUCUUCCUGUCUGUCCAUGGGCCAGCCAUCAGACUCAUCAGGUUGUCCUUCACCCGAUACAGAGCUGACUCCCGGCCUGGCAGCACUGACAGUGGGCUGUGACUCAGGGAAUCUGGGCUCCCUGUCCCGGGUCCAGCUGCUCCUCCUUGACCGACUGGAGCCCGAAACCCUGCCGAGUCCCUUCGGACAGGAAGAGGAGUUCUUAUCGGAGCAGGACUGGUCCGAUCUGAAGAUGCGCUAUGAUCCAGGAUUGACUUCACCAGGUGUUUUGAGGCCCCUCACAGCUGGUAGCGACUCUGAAAGGUGUGACUCUGCAGGGAAAGUCCAGGAAAACAUAUCGGAUCCAUCUGAAGGAGGUUCUGGGUCACCGUCUUCAUGGAUCAUAGACCUGACUCCAUCAUACAACAUGUUCAGAUCUGCAGAUUCUCCCUUCAAGUCCAGUCACGAUUCCAGCACAGAUGAAGGGGGCCCCAUCGAGGAGGAGUCCAAUUAUCCAGAGUGGAAAGACCAAGAUGAGUCCUCAGCUGGAGGAAGGGGGACUGAAAGUCUUGAUAGGAAAGCAAAGGUGCUGAACAUGCUUUCCAAACUGCAGGACGACACACCUCAUCAUCCAAACAGCAACAAAGGUCGCUCCAACUUUGAGGAAUUCGACUUUUUGGCAAAGUAUUGCAUUUUCAGUCAGGCGAAGCUGGCUGAGUACAAAAGAGCUUUUGAAGCAGAGGACAGUGAUGGUGACGGCUACAUCUCUUGCCUUCAGGUUCUACUUGCUCUUAAAAACAUCAUCCCUCCAGAGCUGCUGUCUGAGGAAGAGGAGAUCUAUGUCUACAGGAUCCUGGAGAUGGUGGACUUCAGAGUGACAGAUGGGCUCGUAGACCUGAGGCUCUUUGCAGUGAUCGCUAGCCUUGCACAGAAAGUAGCCACCAUGGAUGACUUUAUGCGAUCACUAAUCAGUGACAUGGAUUUCCGCUCGUUGGAAGUGAGGCUCUUCAAAGCAAAGCAACUAUUCCUGUUCCUCCUGGAGGAGCAGCGAGGAGAAGCUGGAGCGCAGCAGGGCUUCAUCAGCGCAGAGCAGCUGCUUCUGGAGCUGAAAGCCGGGGGAAUCCUUCUGGAGCAGGAGGCGGCCAUCAGACUGGAGCUGCAACACAUUCCCCCCCUGGACCUGCUGGACUUCCUGGCAUACCUGCCCCUGUUCAUGCUUAUUCACAAGUCGGUCAUCUCCAACCCUCUUGAUGACUCCAGCAACCUCUGACCUCAGUCACCGCUCUGUCUGCCCGGUGUGGCUCAGGUUUCAGCAUUACUGCCACUACAAUUAUCAGUCCUGUAGUCUUGUGUGAAACAGUGACAGUCGUAAAACAGGAAAGUUUAGAUUAAAGGAAGUGAAGUCAGCACUGUAGUCAUUUUUCACCCUUGAGAAAAGUUAGUAAUCUCUCAUUAUCAAAAUUUAGCCUUUGUUUUUUUUUUACCAUUUG